AUGGAAGAUUUAUGUAAUCGUAUCGAGCAAUUUGCUUUUUGCUUAAUCACGGAACCAUAUGACAGAAUCAACGGAUUAGAAACAGAAAUACUAGAGCAUGGGCUUGAUUAUAUAAUCCAACUUUUGCAAUAUGAAUUGGCCGAGCAAGUAUCUCCAGUAGUCAUCCAUUUCACAUUGAAAUGCUUAAACAAGAAUCUGAAUCCUAAUUCAGAUCCCGAGAUAUUUACGAAAAUUCUCAAUAUAUUUUCAGAAAUCUUUCCAAAAUUGCCAAAUAAAAUUGCAGUUUUCAUAAGAAAAACGCUUGCAAUAUGCGUAUUACACAUUGAAAUACAAGGUAUUCCAACUUUAAACCCAUUUAUCGAUUCCCUUCAAGAUCCAUACGCAAAACUUUUGUUUUUUGCAGAAUAUCAACUUAAUCUCUCGUAUUUAGUCAAUUCUCAGUAUUCAUUUGUCUACUUCUUCCACUAUUUAACAGAUUUUAUUCCAUCAUAUUUAAAUUUAUUUUUAUCAUCAUUUGUAUUAUCCCCAGACAACAGCUGCAGAGAUGAGCUUAUUGAUCUUGCAACAUAUUUAAGAUUUGAUAAUUUACAAAUGCUUUCGAGAUCUUCAAAAAUCGAAUUCAAUCAAGAAAUCUAUGACAAUUUAAUUGUUCCUUCGAUUGCAGAAUCACUCCAAAAUGUAUGCGAAUGGAUUUGCGCGAACUAUUCUCUCAAUAUUUACAAGAGCGACGUACAAAGACAACAUAUAAUCGUAAUUCUUACAUCAUUUUCAUAUUUUCUUCAUUACAAACAAGACCAAUACAUAGCUGCUGUUGAGAAAGUGAUCACUGUUGAGUCACAAGAUAUUUAUUUCACAUGUUACGAACAAAUUUACGAUCUUUUAUCGAAAUUGUUCGAAUUCUCUGCUGUUUCCCAGAUAAUGAUUGAUUAUCUAUUCUCUAUGAUUCAGUUGGCGCUUAAUGAUCAAUCAAUUCCUAAGAUAAAUGCAACUUUAUUGUUGAUAUAUAAAAUAAAAUCGAAUGUUGACCAAGAAGAAAUCGAUAAUGUUAUCUCACAGAUCUUCACAUACCUUAUAGAGUCAUUUACCAAUGUUGAAAAGGUUGGAGAAUCAGAAAUGAAGGAUUUGGCCGAAAUUAUUGUUUCAAUUAUAUAUAAAAACCCUCUUUCUUUGAUAAAUUUCCUUCUUUACAACAUUCCUUCGAUCAAAUCAGAGGUUGUCAUCACAAUUUUCGUAUAUUUUGUCAAUGAAUUAUUAUCAAUGAUCCUAGAAUGCGAAGAAAUGACAGAUGAGCUACUUGCAAUUCGUACAUCAUUGGUCUCUUGUGCAAGCGCGUUCCUGGAAACUAUAAAUUCCAUAACGAGUCCUCAAAUGUUAUUUUUAUCUCAAAGUUUGAUCAAGAUGAUCCAGACAUUAUCCAAUUUUGUGACACCACAAGACACAGAUGGUUCAUAUGAGACACUUGUUUCUUGCGUAACUCAAAUCCUUCAGAGUGUUUUCGAAUUUGUUCAGUCAGAUUUCAUGAAUAGAUUUGAUCCUUCAGCUGUUUAUGAACUAAUUGAACAAUCUUGUCUACUCAUGGAGCAAUUCAACAUCAAAAUCUCAACAGAAAUUCCAAUUCUAAAUUUACCAAAAGAUAUCAUAUCAAAAAUGUCAAAAGAAUUGCCAAAUGUUGUUUCUCUUGCAUCAGAAGUAAUCAGUUCCGCUACUCAAGGCUUAGAAAAGGUCUAUUUUAAAGCGGCCGCAUCAAUUAUUGCAGGAUUCAUUGAAGGAAAAACAGACAAAGCAAUACAAUUCAAUGAUUUUGUGGCUCUAGCCAUAAAUAAUGGCUUUCCUCAAUACGCAGUUUUGAUGGCAAUGAACAAUAAUGAACUUUUGCUUGAAAUUGCAAACGCUGCAUUUUCCCAGAACGGAACAAAUGUUCCAGGAAGCUUUAUAAAGAAUCUUUGCAGAGCAUGCAAAUACUCGAAGUCAACAGAAUUAGUAGACUUGCUUUGCUCUCACAUAGAUAUCCAGCAAACAAAUCCAUCUCCUCUCAAAAAGUUGUCCUCAAUGCUCUCAAAAUUCUUAUGGGGAGGAAGUUCCCCGGGCGAUAGAACUGUAUCGUUCAUCGUUAACUGGAUCGAGCUUAUUAUAAGCGGAUUUAGUAUGACAGAGACAUCCAAAGAUGUCUUGUAUUGUCUGCGAUCCUUGCCUCAUGAAGUAAUUACUUCAUUAAGUCAAGAUUUCGUUUUCAAUUUGUUCAAUUACGCUCUAGAAAAGAGUUCAGAUGAUACGAUGUUUCUUGAUUAUUUCUCCGAUAUCUUGGUAAUUCUCUUUGAUGAGAAACCUGAGAUAGCAACACAAAUUGUUGGCCAAGUUUGCCAGUUCUUGAUUUUUGGCCAAAAUUUGAUAGAAUCAACUGUUUCUUCAUUUGAUCCUGAUAGACAGUUCUCUGUUAAUAAAAAUAAUUUGAAGAAUGUCCUUAUUCAAAUAAGUGUUGCAUACAGAUAUUCUUCAAAGUUUAUUUAA